CCCAGGGAUACGGAAGCUGAUGUGUUUCCUCCCCCUUGCUCCAGCUCAACCAGGAAGUAAAGUUUCUAUUUUCUCUGGGCUCAGAAGUUUAAUACCAGGCAAAGCAGAGGGGAAGGGAGGGUGGACGAGGCCUCGCAGAAGAGGAGAUCAGAGUCACAGUGCCUUUAAGACAUCCUUUCUGGAACCGGUGCACCCAUCAAUACUUCCUUUGGUUAACCUGGCUAGCUCCUAGUUGUGGGAGAGGAUGACGACGCUCAUUCACAGAGGGCGGCGUGCUGACGUGGGCAAGAACGCCGACAAGAGGCUGGAGGGCGAGGACGAUGACUCGAAAGACAGAAACCUGGACGAGAAGGAGUCUGGUGACUCCAAAGAUAUCCGCCUGACCCUCAUGGAGGAGGUGCUGCUCCUGGGACUGAAGGAUAAGGAGGGCUAUACGUCCUUCUGGAACGACUGCAUCUCCUCGGGCCUGCGCGGCGGUAUUCUCAUUGAGCUGGCACUGCGCGGACGCAUCCAGCUGGAGCCGCUCACCAUGAGGAAGAAGAGGCUUCUGGACAGAAAGGUGCUCUUAAAGUCAGACGCCCCAACCGGUGACGUCCUGCUAGACGAGACCCUCAAGCACAUCAAAGCCACAGAGCCUGCAGAGACGGUCCAGUCGUGGAUAGAGCUGCUCACAGGCGAGACCUGGAACCCCUUCAAGCUGCAGUACCAGCUGCGCAACGUGCGGGAGCGCAUCGCCAAGAACCUGGUGGAGAAGGGCAUCCUGACCACGGAGAAGCAGAACUUCCUGCUCUUCGACAUGACUACCCAUCCAGUCACCAACACCACCGAGAAGCAGCGCCUGCUCAAGAAGCUGCAGGAGAGUGUCCUGGACCGGUGGGUGAAUGACCCGCACCGCAUGGACAGGAGGACCUUGGCCUUGCUGGUGUUGGCCCACUCCUCGGACGUUCUGGAGAACGUCUUCACCCCGCUGGCGGACGACAAGUAUGACACGGCCAUGAACAGGUCAAAGGACCUCUUGGACUUGGAUCCCGACGUGGAGGCCACCAAAGCCAGUGCCACGGAGAUGAUCUGGGCUGUCCUGGCGGUCUUUAACAAAGCCUAAAUCCAGACUGCCUUGCUUGUUGGAUAUAGCACGGGACCUUUGCUUGGGGAGCUGCCCUGGGCCAGGCCAGCGCAAACUCUGUUCUACGUGGCACCUGGGUUUGACUGAUGUCCACCCUUGCCCCAACCUAUCUCUCUUGGCUGGAGAUUGUUGCACUGGUAGAGCGAGCGACUGGAUGUUGUGUGUCCUCUUCUUGUAAACACUCGGCUAAAUGAAGGUCUUUGUCUCCGGUGGGGGGGGUUGGCUCGCGGCUCAGUUGGCUCUCUCGUUUCACAUCACCUUUUGGAGAACGGAGACGUGAAAUUGCCUUCGGGAUGUAUUCUGCUCUUCUUUACUCUCCAUUGAUUUUUAUGGGGUGGCGGGGUUAGCUUGAGUUGACGGGGUCUGCUCCAUUCCUGCACCUGGGGGACUGACGAACUGGGUGGCUUGAAGCCAUCUUUGUGCUCCCUGUGUUCUGAGGCUUCCCUGGCCCCCCCUACAGUGUAAGGUAGAGCAGCCUCCAGACUGCUCUAAAUUAUACUCUGCUCCCCAUGGUGACCAGUGGGCAGGGUACUCUGGACAUGCUCCUUGUCUGCAGCGUAGGGGGCAAGAACAUUGCAGAGCCCUGAUGCCAACUCCACUGUAGCCAGGUGAGGGAGUGUUCCCCAUUGUUGGGGUGCCUGUCAGAGCACUGCGAAAGGGCCUGGGUGUCACCGAGAAUCAGGCUGGUCUGGCACUCGCGCUGGUGUAAUUCUGCUGACUGCAGGGGUGCAGCUCCUGGCACGUGCCGGAGUCCGAGAGAUCGGUAUCACAGCCUCUGGAAUCACGGGUAUGUAGCUGCCCCUUUAGCAGCCUGGACAACGUCUUCAGAACCUUUCCCAUUCAAUUCUGCUGGGACAGGGAGGGCCCGAUCCACGGCUGCGUAACUCCUGGCAGAACACCUCUGAGAUUGGUACAGUCACCCUGCAGCAAAGCUUGUGGUGAAUGGGGCAACUGGCUACCAUCCUGCUGUGACCUUUCAGUGCAGUGCGGGAGGGAGAGUGCUUGACUGGCUGAGCCGUGUUGGAAAAGACCCAGAAAUGAUCUGUGCAUAGAGCCCAGUUCUCACUGCCCUGCGUCAUGCAUGGUCUUUCUGCACCAAUGUUGCACUGGUGCACGUGGCAGGGCAGCGGAGAAGUGGGCCAAUAGGGUGCGUGAGCCGUUUAAAGGUAAACACGACUAGCCACUCCUGCAGCCCUCACUCGUGUGAAUAGCGCCCGUUGGGGGUCUGCACUUCUGAGUGAAAACGACCAGGCCUGAGCUCUCAGGUCAGGCUUUCAGAGACCGCCCUGUGGAAGGGAGCCUGUACUGCUGGUAAACUGCUUCGGGAAAAUCAAAACAAACCUCAUUUUCCAUGGAUUUUUUUUUUUAACUUGCCAGCAAAACAAUCAAAAAUUAAACUGUCUGGUGCCUCAUGGGAGUUGUAGUUCAGUCACCUCAUGUGCCCUUCUACAGGCUCCCUAGUUGGACUACAUCUCCCAUGAUGCACCGCGGUCUCGUCCCUUGGUGAGGGGAAGUUGUGCGUGAUCAGAAGUGCUUUGGCCAAUUGGCCAUGGUGCAUGGUUGGAAAGUUUUCAGCCAGCCUUAACAGUGAGCGGAAUUGACUCAGUCUUUGCAGUGGAUCUGGAAAAGGCACAAAAUGCAGCUAGUCUAAAAGCGGGAGAUGACUUUUUUUUUUUAAGAACAUAAGUAGCUUUUAAUGGCCUUGCGUGAAUUCUAGGUGGCCGUGAGAAGCCGCUGUGCCCAAGAGAAGGAUCUACAUUUUCCCUGUAGAGAGGUAGAUUUUAGAAAUCUAGACUGGAGCUUUCAAAGUCAUCCAAGGCACUGGGAAUUUCAAUGGGAAUUGGGUGCCGGACUCCUUCGAACAUCCCCAGAGCUAAUAAAUAAUUGCAGUAGGAUUUCUA